UUCCGUGCGCGAUCGGACGGCGGGGCGAGGUCCUGGAGGCCACACAAAGCGCACCCAAGGCGCCGCCCCCAUUUCUCCUCCACCCCCCAUCCCCAUCUCGCUCUCGCGGCCGAGAGAUCGAAUCGGAGAAGAAGAAGGAGCGGAGAGGCCUCUGCUGCCCUAGCUCCGCCGCCCCCCACCAGCCAUGGCGCUCGCCGCUCGCCUCGUAUCCCGCUCCCGCCAGUUAUAUUCUGUCCAAGCUGCUUUGGCCAAUGGAGGUCUCACUCAAGUCCGCUCAUUUGCCAAGGAGGCAGCUCCUGUCAGCGGAGAUGACCUAUUGAAGGGCAUCUUUUUUGAGGUGAAGAAAAAGUUUGAGACCGCACUUGGGGUCCUUAAGAAGGAGAAGAUCACGAUUGACCCAGAUGACCAAACAGCAGUUGCUAACUAUGCCCAAGUCAUGAGGACUGUAAGAGAAAAGGCAGAUCUUCUUUCUGAUUCUCAGAGAAUUAAAUAUACUAUUGAGACUUUCACGAAGGGCAUCCCUGAUGCAAGGACGUACUUGGAUACCCUUCAGCAGCUCAGGAAAAAGAGUGGUCUCAUAGAUGAUAUGGGUAUUGAGGAUAUGAUGAUGGAAGCUCUCGAGAAAGUUGAGAAGGACAUUAAGAAACCUCUUCUGAGGAGUGACAAGAAGAACAUGGGUCUCCUCUUGGCAGAGUUUGACAAGAUUAACAAAAAGCUUGGCAUUCGGAAGGAGGAUCUUCCCAAGAUUGAGGAAAAUCUUGAAAUGGAACUUGCCAAAGCUGAGCUGACGGAACUUAAGAAGGAAGUUGUUGAAGCAAUGGAGGGCCAACUAAAGAGGGAGGAGUUUAAAGAUGAGGCGAUGCCUGACGUCAGGAAGUUGGACAUUAGAAACUUCCUCUAGGUCCCUGAUUGAUGAUAACCCUCGGGGUGACCGAUCUGUGAUUUUUCUUUUCAAGUGACGGCCGGUGCUGUAAGCCACACCGAAUGGAUGUUAUUGUUGCUUUUUGUAAUAAAACUGCACCGAAAAUAUGACAGUCAACCGUUGAGUUGGGUUGCUUGGUUACCUUCCGGCGUUGAGAGUUUUGUUUCUUAGGCUGGCAACGUGAACAUCAAGCGUUGCUGAAUAUGUGCCUGCGGCUGCUGUUGUAUGUAGUAGCCACACAUUAUAAUUAUAUGGGAUGUUCCAGUGUCU